GUUGUGUCAUUAUCUAUGGCGAGACCCGCCAACUUAUAUACGCACACAUCAGAAGCCAUUCAGCGUAAAAACAAAAAACCAGAAAAUAUGAGAACCAAAACUCUGAACGUCUCCUCCGCCCUGCUCUGCUUCUUCUUUUUCAGCUGCCACCACCUCCUCCGCCAUGCAGAAGCUCAAGUUCCGAGCACAGAAGGAUACACCUGCUCAGCCAGAGCCAACCAAACCGCCUACCCAUGCCAGACCUACGCCUUGUACCGAGCCCUCUCCCCCGACUUCCUCAACCUCGCCGCCAUCGGAGACCUCUUCCAAGUCAGCCGCCUCAUGAUCUCCAACCCCAGCAACAUCUCCUCCCCGAAUGCCUCCCUUGUCGCCGGCCAACGCCUCUUCGUCCCCCUCUCAUGCUCUUGCCACUCCCCCAACUCCUCCAUCUCCAUUUCCUACGCCAAUAUCUCCUACACCAUCAAAGCCGGCGACACUUUCUACCAGCUCUCCACCCACAACUUCCAAAACCUCACCACCUUCCAGUCCGUCGAGCUCGUAAACCCUGAUCUGGUCGCCACCAACCUAACCAUCGGCGUCACCACCUAUUUUCCCAUCUUCUGCAAGUGCCCCAACAAAACCCAGGUCGGAAACGGAACCAAUUACCUCAUAUCGUACGUUUUCCAGCCGUCUGACAACAUCUCGACCGUUGCUUCAUUUUUCGGGGUGCAAGCAAAGGCCAUAACCGAUUUAAACGGCAACAACAUCCAGCCUUUUGACACGGUUUUCGUGCCGGUGGCUCGCCUUCCAGUACUCUCCCAACCCACUGUUCCUUCUGCUGCACCGUCUGGGAAGACAGAGAGGAAAGGAGUGAUCAGAGGGCUGGCAAUUGGGCUGGGAAUUAUCGGACUUGUGCUGAUUUUGGUUGUCGGGUUUUUGAUUUACAGAGACGGAUUGCUGAAGAAGAAGAUUGGUGGGAAGGGAGAUGAGGAGAAUAAGGUUCUGUACAAGAGCAAGCAGGGGUCGGAGAGAGCGAAGGAAAUGGAGGUGGGUUUGAUGGCGGAUGUUUCGGAUUGCUUGGACAAGUACAAAGUGUUUGGGAUUGAAGAGUUGAGAGAGGCCACAGAUGGGUUCAGAGAAAGUAGCUUGAUUGAAGGGUCCGUGUAUAAAGGCUCCAUUAAUGGAGAUUUCUAUGCCAUCAAGAAGAUGAAGUGGAAUGCCUACGAGGAGCUCAAGAUUUUGCAAAAGGUAAACCAUGGCAGUUUGGUGAAGCUAGAGGGUUUCUGCAUAGACUCGGAGGAUGAUUGUUGCUAUCUAAUUUACGAGUAUGUCGAAAAUGGUUCUCUUUAUUCAUGGCUGCAUGAAAACAAGAAUGAAAAAUUGAGUUGGAAGACAAGGAUGCAAGUUGCUAUCGACGUUGCAAACGGUCUCCAAUACAUUCACGAGCACACUAGGCCGAGGGUUGUGCACAAAGACAUCAAGAGCAGCAAUAUUCUCUUAGAUUCGAACAUGAGAGCCAAAAUAGCCAAUUUUGGGCUAGCAAAGACUGGUUGCAAUGCCAUAACAAUGCACAUUGUUGGAACUCAAGGCUACAUUGCACCAGAGUAUCUAGCUGACGGGGUGGUGUCAACGAAAAUGGAUGUUUUCUCUUUUGGAGUGGUGUUAUUAGAGCUCGUUUCGGGGAAGGAGGCGAUUGAUGAAGAUGGAAAUGUUUUGUGGACAAGUGCUGGUAGGAUUUUGGAGGGAAAUGAGGAAGAGAAGGCAAGGAAACUCAGGGAGUGGGUGGACAAUGAACUUUUCUCGGAGUCAUGCUCAGUGGAGAGCAUACUGAAUGUUGUAACCGUUGCCAUUGCUUGUUUGCAUAAAGAUCCUUCAAAAAGGCCAACCAUGGUGGAUAUUGUCUAUGCCUUGAGUAAGAGUGAUGAUUUGUUUUUUGACGUCUCCGAUGAUGCAUCAUCGGCUCCGCCAGUCAGAGCAAGAUGAAUCGCGAGGAACUCUUUUGGCUUUCAUCUCAUGUAGGGAAGGCAAGGGUUAGAGUCGAAUUAUUGCCGUGUCUAAGUAUUUAUUAUGUACCUGUCAAUAAAUAUCAUGUAUCUGGCAUUUUCGAGCACGUGUUCCUACUUGUAAUUUUAUUAUCAUCGUGUGUAAAAUCUGUUAAUUACUGCUCAAGUGGUAGGAAAAAAAAUCAUUUGGAAUAAAAACUCAAAUUCAAGAGG